AUGGUUCGAUACCACCCGCAGCAUCUGGACCAUCAUCGGCGGCCGUCCCCCCAGCAGCUGGCGAUUCUUCACUUCUUUCAUCAUCAUCAUCAUCCGCAUCAACAUCAACACAGUAGCAUUAGCAGUAGUAGUACUAGUAGCGCUCUAGAUAACCAAAAUUCCGUGUCCACUUCUUGUUCCUCUUCGUCGACGGCUGCUGCUUAUCGGCACCCGUCGAAUUCUUCCCUGUACCGAACAACUUCUACCAGCAGUGGUGGCUCCCAAAAUCCAAACAAUCAUCGCCUGAUCCGGAUCCAGCAUAACGAUGACAACGGAGACGACGACGAGGAAGGAUAUGACUACGAUGAGAUGGACCGGAGAAAUCUGCACCACCUGCAUCACUACAACAACGGAGGAGGGUCCCUUCGAGAGGAAGACGAAGACGAGGAGCUAAUAGUCACGAUACCACCUCCGCCCCCGCCACCUGGUGGCCAUCAUCAGCAGCACCAACAAUCGACACAAUCGUCUGCAACUUCCUCCGUCGGGAUGAUGCACGGAAUGAUGCACUCGCUACGGUUACACUCCCCCACGGAUCAUCUUCCGAAGCCGGUAACCGUUCCGAUAGCCGUACCUCCACCGACGCCACCACUUCUCUCUUCUUCGACAUCGUCCUCUUCCGGAUCCCCCUGGGUUCCCCAACAAUCCCAGCACCACCAACAGCAGCAACACAACAAGCCCGGAACACCUUCGGCGUCCGUUACAUUUUCGACUUUUCGAAGGAUUCACUGA